ACUUUACUGGUUUUUGUAUCUUGCUGCUUGCUGGACGAGCGCUCGUGUUCUAGAUAUAUCGUCUCUCUGUGUCUUUUCUGCUGCAAUGGCGUUUCCAGUGUCUUCAAGUCCACCUCGCGCGCCUCCUGUCAAGUAUAAAGCUCCGCUAGGAACCCGUUGGGAAAAAGAGAAGGCUGCGGCUGGUGGUGCUGAAGCAUUCGAAUAUGCUACGGAUCCGAAGUCUAUAGGUCCUUGGAUUAUAGGCGAGUGCGUCGGUAAAGGUGCUUCCGGUCGUGUCAAGAUCGCCAAGCACAAACACACUGGACAGCUCGCUGCCGUCAAAAUACUCCCUCUUGCCCCGCUAGUCAACUCUCGUGCCUCUCUUGCUACUCAGCAGGCCAAAACAGAAAAACAACGCCUAGGAAUUGACCGAGAAAUCACGAUGAUGAAGCUCAUGAACCAUCCCAACAUCCUACGCAUCUACGACGUCUACGAAGGCACUAGAGAGCUGUUUCUCAUUCUUGAGUACGUCGAGGGCGGAGAACUUUUUGAUUUCCUGGUCAACAAAGGCCGCUUGGAACCCUCGGAAGCUCUGACCGUUUUUAUGCAAAUCAUCUAUGGCCUUAACUACGCGCAUACAUUUUCUAUCAUUCAUCGCGAUCUCAAGCCCGAGAACAUUCUAAUCGCUUCUUUCAAUCCGCCUCUCGUCAAGAUAGCGGACUGGGGUAUGGCAGCUUUUGCUCCCCCUUCUCUUCAUCUGGAGACAAGCUGCGGCUCUCCUCACUACGCUAGUCCAGAAAUUGUCAACGGACACAAGUACCAAGGAACUGCGACAGACAUCUGGAGUUGCGGUAUUGUUCUCUUUGCUUUACUUUCAGGCCGGCUUCCUUUUGAUGACAAGGACGUCGGAAUUCUCCUAAGCAAGGUGAAGAGCGGCGUUUUCAAGAUGCCCCAGUCAUUGGAUCCGCUGGCAAAAAACCUCCUAUCUCGAAUGUUGGUUGUUGAUGUUCAUCAACGAAUCACGAUUCCCGAGAUUCUUGUGCAUCCUUGGGUAACCUCGUCCUCCGCUGCAUUGGUCAGCAAGAUUCCUCCGAACCCCUCGGUCCCUCCGUCACCGGAGGUUCUCGCACGUCCUAUACUUCAUCCUUCGCUGAUCGAUGCAGACCUAUUCUCUUCACUUCGUAUCAUCUGGGGAAAAUACACAGAUCGGGAAGGCGAGUCGAUCAAACGGGACUUGUGCUCUCCCGCCGGUCAAGGUGUGCACGCAAAAGCUUUCUACUUUCUACUUGGAAAAUAUCGUGAGGAAACGUCCAAGCUCGAUGGCCCCAACGCAGCAGUUGCUGACAGCAUGAGUUUCAACCUUGGUUGGGAGCUCGACACAAAGAUAGGAACAGGUCUUUUGAAGAAAUACGACAGUAGUAAUCGAGACCUACUUCCCAUUCAAGGUCGUUCCCGAUCCGUUGCUGCUCCAAUUGGAUUAUAUCCGAUUCCUCCUUCAAUUAGACGUACUGCUACAACCUCGCCAAGAGAGAGGCCUGCAUCGCCGGCUGGACCACGAUAUCCUGCUGCGAAGGAAUCCGGAGUCCGUUCUGCGUUCCACGUCCCUCGAUCUCACCCGAAGACAUCUUUCGCGACGGCCGGUGGCCCGCGUCCUCAGCCUCCAAGACGAGGAUAUACCUUCUCUCAUUCCACCAUUAAGGAUGGCUCGACCGUUUCUGUCGAGACGUCCUCCGUUCAACGAGCAGCUUCUCAUCGUGUGUCAGCCGCCACCCAGCGUCCUCAAUCCGAGUCGCCCAGCAAGUCUUCUCGACGGAUUGAUAAUAACAUUCUUCCAUUUCCUGCCGUUGGCCGUUCAUCUUCAAUCCGUAAGCCGUCAUUAGCUCCGGUUACCCCCAUGUUGGACGCAUCUUCUCACUUCAAAGAGGAUCUUUUUUCAACGGAAAGCAAAGCCGAUGAUCUUCUGGCCAAAAUCAACGGCUUGACCAUCACUGACAAUCACCUUCAGCAGCAGCGAAUGUCAGUGUAUUCCGACAAGGAGAACAAAAGCGUCGGUGAAGAGUCAUGGAGUUACGUCGGCACCGAUGAAGGCCGCAGCGCAAUUGGCCUGAGCGUCGGUAGGGACGUUGGCAGGGAAGUGGGAAACCUUGUCGCCGACGGGGACACUAUCCCAAAUAAAGGUAUGAAAGAACGCAAGACUAGACCUCCUCCGCUCGAGCUCCCAUCAUUGAACAAGAAGCGUUCAACGUUAUCGACCCUUCCUUCCCCGGUCGCCCUCUCCCCGCCUUUAAGUAGCGUCCAUACACAUAGCCGAUUACUCACUUCUCCGGUCGUCGGCGAGUUCAAGGGGUGGUUUUCCAAUCUGUUUAGUUGGAAACAUCAAGCGCAUUCCCAGAGUAGUCCGUGGACAUUAUAUUCAACCGAUGAUUCAGUGAAGACUUGUGAUGGUGUCAAACGUAUGUUGGAAGAGAUGGGUGUUAUCGUCGAUAGCCCUUCCACAGUUUCGCCAGGAUCAGGCGGGGCAUCCGAAUCUACGUUUGUCAGGUGUAGGCUCGACGAGUCAAGCUAUGGCGAGCUUGCCAAUAUGAAACCCUUCACCUCUCAUGUCGCCGACAUCGAACUUUCUUUCAGCUCCUCCGCCACCUACUAUGGUUGCACGUGGGAGGUCCAGCGUUUAUGUGAACAAAAGCCCUCAUAUACUGCCCCUUCCUUGCCCUAAUCCUUGCACGAGCAGCAGUGUCUCUCGCAUGUAUGUAUCGAUGAUAUCUCUGGUCCAAGAAAGGGGAUCAGCUACGACCUUCCGGGCUAUCUGGCAAAGACUGAAGGACGUCUAUAGCGAGGGUUCUAUAGCCGCUGAUUGCUUCAGUCCGGCGAUGGUUAGUACUCCUGUCAUGGAAGGCUCUCCCACAAUUGCGGUAUAAUCCGUGGAUCCGAGGAUAAUGGUUCACAUCUCAUUUUAUAUUUACUAUACUACAUCAAGAAAACCCGUGUACUAUCUGCAUUUCUAGCAUCUGUAUAUCAAUUGUCUGUUACAAAACAUCUUAACGGCGUUGUAUUUUCAUUCUAUUGUAACAUUUUUUUCAAAUAUGGAAAUCAUUUAUGCAACGAGGACAAUACUUCCAAAGUUUCGCG